GCUUUCUCAGAAGCAUGUUUCAGACGUCGUCGAUGACAGCAAAGAUAACAUCACCAUUUUCACCCGCAUCCUGGACAGGCUGUUGGAUGGAUACGACAACCGCCUGAGACCCGGACUUGGAGACAGCGUAACUGAAGUCAAGACAGACAUUUACGUGACGAGUUUCGGCCCUGUCUCGGACACAGAUAUGGAAUACACUAUUGAUGUCUUUUUCCGGCAAUCCUGGAGAGAUGAGAGGCUGAAGUUUGAUGGUCCCAUGAAAAUACUUCCCCUGAACAACCUGCUGGCCAGUAAGAUCUGGACUCCUGAUACCUUCUUCCACAAUGGGAAGAAAUCUGUUGCCCAUAACAUGACAACACCCAACAAGCUGCUACGCCUGGUGGACAAUGGCACCCUCCUGUACACCAUGAG